CCAAAAUCCUCCCUUAGCUUCUUCAAUUUUUUUUCCUUACAAUCCAAUAAUUCUUGACUAUGGCAACAUCUAAGUUGCUAUUAGCAACACUUGUAAUAAGUGUACCUUUCCUAUUUUGUUCUAUAGCAUAUGGUUACUCAUUGAAAGACAUAAAAUCAUGGUGUAGCCAAACACCUUACCCUGGACCAUGUGAGUACUAUUUGAGCAACCAUGCAUACAACAAACCCAUAAAGAACAAAUCGGAUUUCCUCAAAGUGUCACUACAAUUAGCCAUGGAGAGAGCACAAAAGGGUCAUGAGAACACAAUCUCACUUGGCCCUAAGUGUAGAAAUGCACAUGAAAAAGCUGCUUGGAAUGAUUGCAUUAAACUCUAUGAGUACACAAUCAACAAGCUCAACAAAACCAUGGAUCCUAAAACAAAGUGUGACCAAGUUGAUGCACAAACUUGGCUCAGCACUGCCCUAACAAAUCUUGAGACAUGCAAAGCCGGUUUCUACGACCUAGGAGUACAAGAUUACGUGCUACCAUUGUUGUCCAACAACAAUGUUUCGUGUUUGCUAAGCAACACGCUGUCCUUGAACAAGGUGGCUUUUCAACCACCAAGUUACAAAGAUGGUUUCCCAACAUGGGUCAAGCCGGGUGACCGGAAACUUUUGCAGUCGUCUUCGGCGGCUUCUAAGGCUAAUGUGGUGGUGGCCAAAGAUGGGUCUGGAAAAUACACCACCGUUAGCGCCGCCGUAAACGCUGCACCAAGUGGCAGCAGUAGGUAUGUGAUAUAUGUUAAGGCCGGUGUGUAUAAUGAACAAGUUCAGGUUAAAGCAAAGAAUAUUAUGUUGGUCGGAGAUGGUAUCGGAAAAACCGUUAUUACCGGUAGCAAGAGCGUCGGAGGGGGAAGCACAACCUUUAGUUCCGCCACUGUUGCCAUUACUGGAGAUGGAUUCAUUGCUCAAGAUAUCACAUUCAGAAACACUGCCGGAGCAGCAAAUCAUCAAGCUGUGGCACUACGUUCUGGAUCAGAUCUCUCAGUGUUCUACAGAUGUGGAUUUGAAGGUUAUCAAGACACAUUAUAUGUAUACUCAGAUAGACAAUUCUACAGAGAAUGUGACAUUUAUGGAACCGUUGACUUUAUCUUUGGUAAUGCGGCAACGGUUUUACAAAACUGUAACAUUUAUGCAAGAAACCCUCCUCAAAAGACAAUCACAGUAACUGCUCAAGGUAGAACUGAUCCAAACCAAAACACAGGAAUCAUCAUCCAUAAUUCAAAGAUCACAGCUGCCUCAGGCCUAAACCCUAGCUCAGUGAAAUCAUAUCUUGGAAGGCCAUGGAAGCAAUACUCAAGAACCGUGGUGAUGAAGACUUAUCUUGAUAGUUUGAUUAACCCAGCAGGGUGGUUGGAAUGGAGUGGUAACUUUGCAUUGAGCACUUUGUAUUAUGCUGAGUAUGCAAAUACAGGUCCUGGUUCUUCUACUUCAAAUAGGGUUUCAUGGAAGGGUUACCAUGUCCUUACCAGUGCUUCUCAAGCUUCACCUUUCACUGUUGGAAACUUUCUUGCUGGAAAUUCAUGGUUGCCAAGCACCGGAGUCCCUUUCACCUCUGGUCUGUGAUUACAGACUCGUACGCAUACAUGCAGUUAUUUUCAUGUGAAAUUAAUAGUAUAAAAUCGUUAAAUAAUAUGACUAAAUUGUUAUUUAACGAUUUUAACUAUCAAUUUUAGAUGAAAGCAUCUUCUACCUUGAUAAUUAAUUUGUAUGUAUUAAUUAUUUCUAGGUUGAUGCCAUUUUCAUAUCUUAAAUUCUUCAUUAUUCCGUACCAGCACAUUUUAUAUACUUUAAUUUGGCUGUACUUUAUAGGUGAAUAAGGCCAAAAAAAUAAAAAUAAGAAUAAAAUAGCACAGCCAACAAAUAGUUUGUUUUUCAUGUUGUAUUAAUUGUAAUAGUUUUUUAUUAUUGAAUUGUAUAAUUAAUUACAGAUUAUUGAUUAUGAAAAGAAAAUAUGCAA